AUGUCACGAAAAGCUUCUAAACUUUCAGAAAUAACACUUAGUUCAUCCACAUAUCCUUCUGGUUUUUCGAAUUUUUCUAAUUCCCAAAAUGAUAAAGACCUUAUUUCAAGUUUCAGACAGCCUCAGUUAAUCAAGUUACCAUUUCCUCCAAAAAUCACGUCAUCAGAAAUAAUCAACAAACGAAAAGUGAAUGAAAUAAAUUUAAGACCACCAAAUGCUUUCCUUAUUUAUAGAAAAGAAUAUUUAAAUUAUCUUUCGUCUUCAAAGCAUAUGAACUUAAAAAUGACGGACGUUUCAAAAUUAGUUAGCUUACACUGGAACAAUGAAUCUGAGAUGGUCAAAGAUUUCUACAAAAAAAUUGCAAAACAAGUUGAAGAUGAAUUAAAUGAGAAAAAAAAACAUAAUCAAAAAUCCAUAAGGAGAGUUAUAUGGAAAAAUUCUAAACGGUCAAAGAAAAAUAAAUUACAUUAUUUAAACGGAGCAAAAAAAAGCAAUAAUGUAAAUACGAAAAAUAAGUCGACUAAUAUCACAAAUAAUGUUAAUGUAGUAUAUGAAUUUAUAUCCAUUACACCAGAAACGAUUAUAAACACUUCAUUGAAGGGCAAUAUGAAAACUGAAAAAAAUAACAAUAAAAUUUCUGAACAAAAAUCUGAUAUUAUUCCCUCAAGUUUUACUAUUCCAAAGUCGGAAGAACCACCAUAUUAUACAAGUCCCACCAUCGAAACAAAUUUUGUUACAUGUCCUACAAAUUCGGAAAUUGUGUCUCCAGUGCUAUCUGAAGAUCAUUCAUGGAGUCAACGACCCCUCUUUCGAGAAGAUCAACAACAAAAUUAUGAAUAUUAUGACUUUUUACAAAACUUGUACUUUCAACAAGAUUUCACAAAUUACGAUAGCGAAAGAUGUGACUUAACACAUUUUAAUUUAUAA